UUGGUUUCAUCAGACCAGAGAAUCUUGUUUCUCAUGGCCUGAGAGUCCUUUAGGUGUCUUUUGGCAAACUCCAAGUGGGCUGUCAUGUGCUUUUUACUGGGGAGAGGCAUCCAUCUGGCCACUCUACCAUAAAGACCUGAUUGGUGGAGUGCUACAGAGAUGGUUGUCCUUCUGGAAGUUUCACCCAUCUCCACAGAGGAACUCUGGAGCUCUGUCAGGGUGACCAUCGGGUUAUUGGUCACCUGCCUGGCCAAGGCUCUUCUCCCCUGAUUGCUCAGUUUGACCAGGCUGCCAGCUCUGGGAAGAGUCUUGGUGGAACCAAACGUUUUCCAUUUAAGAAAGAUGGAGGCCACUAUGUUCUUGGGGACCUUCAAUGCAGAAUUGUUUUGGUAAAAUUCCCCAGAUCUGUGCCACGACACAAUCCUGUCUCGGAGCUUGGUUUUGCUCUGACAUGCAAUGUCAACUGUGGGACCUUAUAGAGACAGGUGUGUGCCUUUCCUAAUUAUGUCCAAUCAAUUGAAUGUACCACAGGUGGACUCCAAUCAAAUAUUUAAAAAAAAAACUGUUUUCAGUUGAUCAUUAGGGGGUUUUGUGUGUAGAUUGAUGAGGAAAACAUGUAUUUAAUCAUUUUUAGAAUAAGACUAACGUAACAAAAUGUGGAAAACUGAAGGGGUCUGAAUACUUUGAUUAUAUUUCUCUAUAGGCUAUAGGCUACAUGUGCAGCACCAAGUCAGAACAAAUUAUUAGGGUGAGGAACAUGAGCUACGAACAGCUUACUACACAACAUACACUUAGUAUUACUUCCUUAGCUACAGUAUACACAUCUCCCUGGCAUAUUACUACACAACAUACACUUAGUAUUACUUCCUUAGCUACAGUAUACACAUCUCCCUGGCAUAUUACUACACAACAUACACUUAGUAUUACUUCCUUAGCUACAGUAUACACAUCUCCCUGGCAUAUUACUACACAACAUACACUUAGUAUUACUUCCUUAGCUACAGUAUACACAUCUCCCUGGCAUAUUACUACACAACAUACACUUAGUAUAACUUCCUUAGCUACAGUAUACACAUCUCCCUGGCAUAUUACUACACGACAUACACUUAGUAUAACUUCCUUAGCUACAGUAUACACAUCUCCCUGGCAUAUUACUACACAACAUACACUUAGUAUUACUUCCUUAGCUACAGUAUACACAUCUCCCUGGCAUAUUACUACACAACAUACACUUAGUAUUACUUCCUUAGCUACAGUAUACAUAUAUUACAUCAUUUAUGCAGCAGCAGAUAAUACAUUUUUGGACUCAGCUUGUUGUUCUGCUCACUUGAACAGGAAGGUGGCACGGCAGUCCUUUGUGGGAAAAUUCCAUAAUCAACCUUUGUCAUCAUAGUCUGGCAUUCUCUAGAUUUAUGAUGCUUUCAAGACAACUGGGAACUGAAAAAAAAACAAGGUUGAAUCAUGACGUCAGUGAUCUUCAGGUCAGAGCUCUAGAAAGAGGCCCGAGUUCCCGACUUGCAAUUCUGAGUUGGAUGACCGUCAGAACGUAUUUUUCCAGUCGGAGCUCAUUUUUUUCUGAGUUCCCAGAACAAGUUGUCUUGAACUCACUGAUGUCAGAUUUCCCAGUUCUGAGUUUCCAUUUGUUUUGAGCUCGGUAGAAGUCGUGUUGGAUUGACAGCAAGGCCAAUGUUGAAUGGUUAUCCGUUUAAGCUUGGAAAACAGACCCUUAAACCCAGACUUGGGACCAAAGACCCACUCCACUGAAUAGCAGGCUAGUGAUUGCUUUGCAAUGCUUGCAGUUAGCCACUGAUUCCUUCCAAACCACUCAUUGUUGAACUAACGAUUUCCAACUUGUUGUGUAAUGUUUGUCCAAUGGCCGUUGAGCACCGAUAUGUUUUAUCUAUAAUUUCUCAUCAUUAAUUAUCUUCAUAUGACAAGGAUUGAAAAGGAUUUGCUUGUAGAUUGUCGACUUGAUUCGUGACUGCUAGUUUGCUAGCUAAGAUUUUGAAAGUAUGAUGUUGACAUGAUUAGUACAAUCAAAGCUUCGGUAGAUAUAACGUGAUUUGACGUCAUUUUAUCUGUGACCAAUGAUUUUGAGCCUUCUUGGAUGGGCACUACUAAUGUAACUCUAUGGCAGCACCCAAGGGGGCUUGAAUGUUCAAGCUCUACCCUUUUGAAUUUGGAGGUGACAUAGUGUCCCCAUGAGUGACAGAACACUGAGCCAAUCACGGCGCAUCUAGAGAACAUUACCAACCCCUACGCUCCAUAUUUUCCGCUGGCUGCCUCACCACCACAGAAAGCACUGAGCUAGGCUGAAACACCUGCAUUUUGGAGCUUAACCCAACGUCAACAGUGAAGAGGUGACUCUGUUCCUCUGUCCAGUGUCUGUGUUCUUUUGCCCAUCUUCAUCUUUUCUUUUUAUUGGCCAGUCUGAGAUAUGGCUUUUUCUUUGAAACUCUGCCUAGAAUGGCAGCAUCCCGGAGUCGCCUCUUCACUGUUGACGUUGAGAAUGAUAUUUUGCUGGUACUAUUUUUAAUGAAGCUGCCAGUUGAGGACUUGUGAGGCGUCUGUUUCUCAAACUAGACACUCUAAUGUACUUGUCCUCUUGCUCAGUUGUGCACCGGGGCCUCCCACUCCUCUUUCUAUUCCGGUUAGAGCCAGUUUGCGCUGUUCUGUGAAGGGAGUAGAACACAGCAUUUUACGAGAUCUUCAGUUUCUUGGAAAUUUCUCACAUGGAAUAGCCUUCAUUUCUCAGAACAAGAACAGACUGACAAGUUUCAGAAGAAAGUUAUUUGUUUCUGGCCAUUUUGAGUCUGUAAUCGAACCCACAAAUGCUGAUGCUCCAGAUACUCAACUAGUCUAAAGAAGGACAGUUUUAUUGCUUCUUUAAUCAAGACAACAGUUUUCAGCUGUGCUAACAUAAUUGCAAAAGGGUUUUCUAAUGAUCAAUUAGCCUUUUAAAAUGAUAAACUUGGAUUAGCUAACACAACGUGCCAUUGGAACACAGGAGUGAUGGUUGCUGAUAAUGGGCCUCUGUACACCUAUGCAAAUAUUCCAUACAAAAUCUGCCAUUUCCAGCUAAAAUAGUCAUUUUCAACAUUAACAAUGUCUACACUGUAUUUCUGAUCAAUUUGAUGUUAAUUUAAUGGACAAAAAAUGCUUCUUUAAUGGACAAAAAAUGCUUUCUAAGUGACCCCAAACGAACGGUAGUAUAUACUGUACAUAUGAUGGGAUGUAUAGACAUUAUAGACAGUAUGUGGAUAUAAUAUGUUGUAUAUCUGUAGAAUAUGUAGGACAGAAUAGUAUAUGUACAGCAAUAGUUAAAUAGAAUACAGUAUAUACAUAUGAAAUGAGUACAACAGUAUGUAAACAUGAUUAAAGUGACCUGUGUUCCAUGGCUAUGUAAAUAGGGCGGCAGCCUCUGAAGGUGCAUGGUAGAGUAACCAGGUGGUAGCCGGCUAGUGACAGUGACUAAAUUCAGGUCAGAGUACUGGGCAGAGGCUGGCUAGUGGUGACUAUUUAACAGUCUGAUGGCCUUGAGAUAGCAGCUGUUUUUCAGUCUCAGUAUCAUUAUUCAUGUUUACUGGCUACUUGUACUGUCUAGUUUGAAUGGAGCUGGUGGUCUAAGCCAAUAAUGAGUAUAUACUGUAUGUGGUCUAUCUCUGUUGUGAUUGGCCUCUGUGACUUAAUGCUGUCUUCCCAGAACAAACUAUUAGGUCUGUUAUUACAUUGCCGUUGUGCUACCACUGUAUUAACACUGUCUGUCUCUCUCCCUCUCUCUCAGAGGGAGGAAUGCUAUGGCGGUGUCUCAGAGUAGUGUUAGUACGUGGAGCAGUAAGCAGGUGUCUGGCUGGCUGAAGCAGGAGGGGUUUGGGCAGUAUGUGGAGCUGCUGUGUUCUAAACAUCGUGUGGAUGGCCCCAGCCUGCUGACUCUAAGGGAGGCUGACCUGCGUGAACCCCCUCUGAGCCUCACUGUGCUGGGGGACAUCAAGAGGCUGGCCCUGGCCCUGCGGAGGCUCCAAAUACAGAACCAGAAGCAAAUGGAGGAGCUGGGGUUAGGGUUAGGGGGAUUAGGGGCUGCUGCUGGGGGGGACAGGGCCUGUCACGGGGAAGACUGGGGGGAUCACAGGGCUGACAGGCGGUGUAAUAGAGGGGAUCGUGUGUGUAACGGGGCAGGGCGCCGUCAGGUGGACUGUGGGGUCUCAGGGUCAUGGUCAGGGUCGCGACCCCGGUCAGGGAUGGCGUUAGAAGAAGACCAGUGCCACAUUCAUUCCACUGGGGACAGGAAGUGCCGUCUAGGGCGUCUGGACCCAGAGCUGUGGAAGACAGUAGUCAGCUCUGUUUACGUCAUGCUCGUCUUCGGAUUUACCUCCUUCGUCAUGGUGAUCGUCCACGACCGCGUUCCCGAUAUGACAAUUUACCCGCCACUGCCCGACAUCUUCCUGGAUAGUGUACCCAGAAUCCCUUGGGCUUUUGCGAUGGCGGAGGCUUGUGGUUUAAUCCUAGUUUACAUCUUCCUGUUGGUCCUACUACUACACAAACACAGGUCUAUCAUAUUGCGGCGUCUGUGUUCUCUGAUUGGAACAGUGUUUCUGCUGCGUUGCGUCACCAUGUUUGUUACCUCCCUCUCUGUACCUGGACAACAUCUACAGUGCUCCAGUAAGAUGUAUGGUGAUACGUGGUCUAAGGUCCAGAGGGUGUUUGCUAUAUGGAGUGGCUUUGGCAUGACGCUGAAUGGAGUGGAUACCUGUGGAGAUUACAUGUUCUCUGGUCACACUGUGGUACUCACCAUACUCAACUUCUUCAUCACAGAGUAUACUCCUCGUAGCUGGCACCUGAUCCAUACCGUCUCCUGGGUACUGAAUCUGUUUGGUAUCUUCUUCAUCCUGGCGGCUCAUGAGCACUACUCCAUAGAUGUGUUCAUAGCUUUCUACAUCACCACCAGGCUGUUCCUGUAUUACCACACUCUGGCCAACACCAGGGCCUUCCAACACAGCCGCCGGGCUCGGAUCUGGUUCCCCAUGUUCUCCUUCUUCGAGUGUAACGUCAACGGUCCUGUUCGUAACCAGUACAACUGGCCCUUCAGUGGGCCUGCCUGUAUGAAGACACUGAUUGGAUAACACAACUGGCCCUUCAGUGGGCCUGCCUGUAUGAAGACACUGAUUGGAUAACACAACUGGCCCUUCAGUGGGCCUGCCUGUAUGAAGACACUGAUUGGAUAACACAACUGGCCCUUCAGUGGGCCUGCCUGUAUGAAGACACUGAUUGGAUAACACAACUGGCCCUUCAGUGGGCCUGCCUGUAUGAAGACACUGAUUGGAUAACACAACUGGCCCUUCAGUGGGCCUGCCUGUAUGAAGACACUGAUUGGAUAACACAACGCAGCACACACAGAUAGGUUUAGGCUUUAUUUAGUGUCAGGGUUCAAUUGGCCAGAUUUGAACUCCAACCUGGGGAAUUAACUGUGUUCUAGAUUCUAAAGAAUUGCAUAUUGUACUUUCAGUAAUAUACAGAUAAUGUAUGGCUAGCAGUAGAUAUUGAGCUGUGUAUAAUGUAUGGCUAGCAGUAGAUAUUGAGCUGUGUAUAAUGUAUGGCUAGCAGUAGAUAUUGAGCUGUGUAUAAUGUAUGGCUAGCAGUAGAUAUUGAGCUGUGUAUAAUGUAUGGCUAGCAGUAGAUAUUGAGCUGUGUAUAAUGUAUGGCUAGCAGUAGAUAUUGAGCUAGCCAUACAUUAU